AGCUGUAUCUUUCCAAAUGCGUAAUCUGGACCUCUACCGCCAAUGAUGUUAAUGUCUUGUACAUUUUUAUUCCUUACACCUACUCGUACAUAUAAAUAAGAGACCCCGUUAGAUUACGUGGCAAAAAAAAUUGCCCAAUUAGCAUCGUGAUUCAUCUGUAAUACAUCUCGUUUAUAAGAAUUACUUUCGCUCAAAUGGUCGCAAUCGUCGAAAUCGUGACGUAGCAAUAGAUACAACAUCUGCCAGAUGUGGAAUUAUCAUCGAUAUCGAGAAUUAAUUUUCUAUAUUAUAACUGUACAUAUAGGUACAUGAAUAUGCAGUGACGUUAGGUUGUAGAACAUACAUAAAUUUUGUUACGAAAUAUGACUUAUUGCUGUGGAGGUCUUUGAACUGAUGCUCUAUUGGCUGUUUCGUUAAUGUAUAAUGAAUAAUUAAACGUUUGUUUCUAAUUUUCCAUAUUAUUAUGUCCCCACGUUAUCUAAAAUGUAACUUUGCAUGGGCAAACAAAACAGAAACGUUGUGUACAUACUUUUUACGAGAUAAAAAAAAGUGCAACAAGUUUAGACAAACACAGGUGUUCGACAUACUUUGUAAUAACUGCGAAAAAUUUAAAUGACUGUAACAUUUUCCUUUUUCUUUGUGUGACAUUUUCUAAAUGCCUAAUUACGGUCAAUACAAUUGAUUUGUUAGAGUUUUUGACUGAAUAGUCUAGUCCAGUUUAUAGUUUAUAAGUUGAAAAUACUUAGUGGUGUGUGACCGUAAUUGACCGCAUAAAAUUGCAAAGAAAAAGUAAAAUCUUAACAUUCUAACACAUUAAAUACUCGCUAUCGUAAUCUUCAUGUGAAACCAAGGUUAUCUUCUUAAAUGUCAGAUAUAGGUCGUCGUGAUGAGUCAAAUAUGCUUUCGACUUCUUCUUUAUACCUUUGCAGUAAACGAUUUCAAUAAGUUAGUACAUAAUAAAAGUACGUGUUCAUUUUGAAAUAGUUUGAGUUACGAUUUGUGUGACAUUUAUUAAGAUAGAGGUACAUGUGAUGUUAAUUUCUUUUAAAUACAUAUUUUCGUAAAACAAACAUAGAAAAAGCUAUUAAAUGUUAUUUAAAAAACCACAAUUCGUUAGAAGAAUGGUUCUACCAACAUCUUUCCCAUUAAAUGCCACCACUGUUUCCACUAUCAACUAGUUCCUGAGCCAAUGUAACAAGGAGUUAAACUAACUGUAAUCUGAGAGAUGUCGGCGAUAUGUCAGAAUUUUGUUCAAAAUGCAUGGAAAAAGGAGUUAUGUUCCAACUGUUUUAAAUCGAAAGACGAACACGUAGAAAAAAUCAUGUUGAAACCGAUCGCGUUGAAAUCGGAAAAAGUAAUCGCGAGUAUCAUAAAAAAAGCUGCAAAAAUCAGUAAAACCAAACGUACGGUGUCUUUCACCGCGGAAGUAUCGAAAGUUAUCGGUUACGGGGGUGAAGACUGGUCUGAUAACGAUGAUGAUUUUAUGAGCAGUGAAGACACCUCGGAAGAUAACGAGUACGAAGCGGACGGGGAAGAAGAGAAAGAGUUACAGAGAAUAACAAAGGCUAAUACCGAUUUUAACACAAUUAAUGCCAACUUGUUGAACGAUUCUCCUCCUGAUACUAAAAAAAGUUUCGCCAGUUUGAAAUUAGGAACCCCUCAAGUCGAUUCAACGGGUAAGAAACAAACGCUACUUGUAUCGGUUACCCCUUUCGGGGAGGAUAAUUCCACGCCGACCAGGAAAUACACGAAAACUGUAUCACAAAUCCCAGUGGCAAAAACUACGAAAGAUACCGUCCAAGAACACAAGAAAAAUGUAAUAUUAACUUCCUACAAUAAUGAUAAGGAGGAAGUACAAAAAGAUGAGACUGAAAAAUCACUUCUGGAAGAGAUUUCGGAAACUUUGGAGAAAGGGGGCAAUCGGAUUUCAAUCAUGGAUUGUAAGCUAACAGAAAAUGUUCCCGAAACAAAAUCUCCAGAAAAUUCACCGGCUAUAACCCCUAUAAUUAUCGAUAAAAAUUUAAGUGCUACCAGUGCUGUUAUAAAAACUAACGAAAACAAUAAUGUUGAACAGUCCGGAAAACCUAUCGAAUCAAAGCCCAAGAUUAACGCCUGCGAAAGAAAAGUGUUAUUGACAAGAGCCCCCGUAAUAAAGAGGUCCACUGCCAAGCUGGAGCUCUUCACGUCGAAAAAUUUGAAACUGAGAAGCAGCAAGGAGAAUUUGACGACACCAACUGUGACAAAUAUUAUAGACUCGAAAGAUUUAUCAAAGAACGAAGAUAAUGUUGAAAACGACAGCGGCAUUGAAAAACAUUCCGACUCUGAAGAAUCGAACAAAGCGGAUUCGACAACAACUGACACUGACAAUUACGAAGACGUUUCCGCAAGUGACACAAAUAAUUCACUCACCGAGAGUUUAAAAGACGAAGAAAUGUCUAAGAAAUACACAAAAUUAAGUACGACUCGAUCUCUUGAAAACAUUAAAGAACCGGGGAGUCGGGAAUUGGCCGGAGAACCUGACGGUCAUGCCGAUCCUGACGGAAACAACGACGUCCCAGCUUUACCAUCCACACCACCCCCUUUUGAGACUCGAUCUUCGUUUCUACACGGGCCAGGAUCCGAGAAACCCAAACCUCCCGGUAAACCCGCCACUGUGCUUAUUCGAAAACCAGUGAUGGCCACCAAUCAACAUGUCGGCCAUCAAAAUAUUCUUACGACGUUUUCUGUAGAACCACCUAAAAGUCCCGUCGAGCCUCCGCUUCCCUCUGCAAACCCAAUUACAACUAAAAUAGUAGCAGAACAUCCCAAAGUUGUAUCCGAACUCCAAAAAUCGAAACUCAGCAAACAGGACUCCACGGGAUCGGAUUAUGGAAGAACGACAAACAAACGGAGGGCGCCGAUGCCUCCACCAACUGAAGAGAGCAAUAUUUAUUCGAAAAAGACGAUCGCACCGUAUCCAGACGAUUCUCAUAAAGAUCGCACAGAAAUAUAUAAUUCUUCCAUUUACAACGAGAUCGGCAACGGCGAUUGUAAUGAGCCCCAGUUAGCGAGAUAUGUUUCUCCACCGGAUGUGGGUCCAAGAAGAACAAUUUCCUUGUCAUCCGAUAACCUGACAUCGGCUAAAAUGGACGACAAAAAGAAAGAAAAGGCAAAACAACGGUUCUCAUUGAAGAAAUUCCUGCGUAUGAACUCGUCGAACAAAGAGUUCAUUACCAAAGACUUCGUGGACGCUCCGAAACAGGACAGUCAAAAGCAAAAUUCCAACAGCAAACAAAGGCUCGUUAUCGUACAUCCCUCUGAAUUAAACGGAGAGAAGAUCGAAGUAGUUGCCAAGCCCGUCAUACCUCCCGAAAUCACCGAUUAUAGCCCCCUGAACACCAUGCAAAACGGAAUCUACAAUUCUACCGCUUCCUUGCAUGCUUCCGGUCAUCCCAUUUACGAGAAUCGGUCGUUCAAACCGGCACCCCCUCCUCGUAAUUUGGAAUUGUACGGUCCCACGAGUAAACCGAGUUUACCGCACCCCCCCAAACCCCACGAUCCGUCUCCGAAACAAAAGAACGCCCGUUCUGCAUCCCCGAAAUCUCAUGAUUCCGUCUACGCGAACAUUGGGGAGGUUCGGUCGUCGAUUACUCCCCAUAAGCCGCAACGUACUGCAAGUAUGCGCGAAAGGGAAGUUGCCCUCGCUCUCGCACAAAAACAUAAGACAAACGGUCAUCUGUACGAACCCAUCAACUUGGCCAGGGUAAAUGGCGGGAGUGUUAAAGACGCAAACGAAAAUGUGUACGAUUAUAUAAACGGGGUGCGAUCCAGUUCUCCGGAGUUCGAUUCCCCUUCGAGUCCUACUAAAAAUAGCCCCGUAGCUAACACCGGAAGAUUAAGAAAAUCCCUUGGACAAGUCAAGUCUUCCAGUAAUAUAGACGUGUCUGGAGAGGGAUAUAAGUACAACGCCCACAUUCCCAGAAGCGCAUCCCUUACUUAUUGCGGAAGCGAAACAGAAUCUGAAAUUUACUCGCCCUACGGAUUGUACGGAAGCGAAGGGGAGAUAUUCGAUGACGAUAGGGAGUGGACCAUGUCUGGAAGCAGAACUCACAAGCUACGCUCAAGAAAAGGACGAAGUAUAGUACAUAAAAAUCUGGAGGACAAUUAUGGAGCUGUAGUUGUGGCAAACCACGAAGCAUUAGCGCAAGUUUUAGAAAAUAUAACCCACGUCCCAACAGUGAUGCCAGCGCUUAGAGGAUUAAAGGCAGCCUCCAGUCUUCGAUGGUCGGACUUCACCCUUAUAGAAAAUUCUACGCCACUGCUUUUAGGUCCUCGCGUCUUCUACCAAGCCUUAUGGGGUUCCCAACACGUCACCCUUGUUAUCAGCAAGGGAACGAUUCCGUCCAGUUCGUUAUCCUUGGGGAACUUCAACCUUAUUCCUAUUACUGAAUUCGUUGACCUCGUACCCGUCCAGGAUGUCCCCUCAAUCGUUGAUAAAGACAGCGAUAAUUGCCAAGCAACGAUUGCUGUACAUCCUUGGAUGCAGGUUCAUUCUAUAAAGACGUACAGUGAACUUUUGAAAUCGAAAAGCCAUUCGCCAGACGAUUCCAGAAAGGACGCCUACUUUGUUCUCCUUCAACUAGUCAACGCCUUGAAGAUGCUACAAGCUCAAGGAAUCGAGGAACUACCAGACUCCUUGACCACCUUCGUCCUUUGCAGGGAAAUGGAUAAAGAGAUGCAUCAUCGCCUUUGUAUUUUGCAAGGGUUUGGUGAAGAUUCAUCUCGAAAUCAUGACGAAAUCAACUUUGUCUCCCUUUGCAACUGUGCUGGAAAAGCUCUCCUGCAGCUUAUGCCUGAUUUUAAACUGACUUCGCUCCUAGGAUCCUUACUGAACAAUGAGAGAGCAAUUUCGUUGACCCAAGUUAAGUCUGUGCUGGAAUUUUCCCUAUGGGGACCGUCCGAUGUCGUCCUAAGCAUGAACAUCAGGGAAAGGGAGCUGGCCCUUCAAAGAUGGCUCGAUCUGCAGAGGGCAACAGUCUUACACGGUCUCGUUUGUACUAAAGUGAAAUUAACCGUUUACGAAGAGUGUCAUUUACUAUUUCUUGUUCGAAGCAACUCGAAAAUGAUUUGUGAUGCAUCCUUAUUGAUAGAAUCGGCGCAUAUGCAAAGUAGCAUUUCGAAAGUGUAAACUUUAAAUUUUUAUUAUUAUGAAUCUGAAUCUCCCUCCGUUGUAUUGCAUUUUCUUUUGAAAAUAAUCGUUAUCGAAUAAAUAAUAUUAUUUUAGUUGUUUUGCGUAUUGAAAGUAUUAACAAGAAUUUCUUAUGAUUAUUAUUAUUUUUUGUAUAUAGUGUAUCUAAAAUAGGUAAGAAGAAAUUAAAAAGUAUCUUUUGUAUCUUAUUAGCGUUAGUAUUUUUCUUUUCUAAGACAGACUCAAAUUUACAUGCAAUCUGUAGAAUUGUCCAUCCAGAAUUACAAUAAAAAGACCUUUAAGUUUGUUAUUUUUCAAUAAGAGUUAAAUUUAUGUUGUAUUACUUUGUAUAAAUCAAGAAAAAAGUGUUCAUUUGAGACGUAUUUCAUGUGUUUU